CUUUUUGCCUUUUCUCCUGCCCACCACCCCGCCACAACCCUUUCCCUUCUCUGCUUGCUUGCUGCUGCAGUGCUGCCUCCCCCUCGCCCAGCAGCAGGGAGCAGCCAUGCCAGGGGACCACGGCUCCAAGGGCGACAUCUCCUUCGCCGGACGCUUCACGGCCAGCGCCAUCGCAGCAUGCUUCGCAGAGAUAUGUACCAUCCCGCUCGACACGGCCAAGGUCAGGCUCCAGCUGCAGAAGAACGUCGUCGCCGCCGCCGCCUCCGGGGACGCCGCGCCAGCGCUUCCCAAGUACCGCGGCCUGCUCGGAACUGCCGCCACCAUCGCUAGGGAGGAAGGGGCCGCAGCGCUCUGGAAGGGCAUCGUCCCGGGCCUCCACCGACAGUGCAUCUACGGGGGGCUCCGCAUUGGCCUCUACGAGCCUGUCAAAUCCUUCUACGUCGGCAAAGACCACGUUGGGGAUGUCCCUUUGUCCAAGAAGAUAGCCGCCGGCUUCACAACUGGUGCCAUCGCUAUCAGCAUCGCCAACCCUACUGACCUUGUCAAGGUCAGGCUCCAGGCCGAGGGCAAGCUUGCGCCUGGUGUGCCACGCCGCUACACUGGCGCAAUGGAUGCUUAUUCCAAGAUUGCUAGACAGGAAGGGGUUGCCGCUCUGUGGACUGGCCUUGGACCAAAUGUAGCGCGGAAUGCUAUCAUCAAUGCUGCUGAGUUGGCCAGUUAUGAUCAAGUCAAGCAGUCAAUUUUGAAACUCCCUGGGUUCAAAGAUGAUGUGGUCACCCACCUUUUUGCUGGUCUUGGUGCUGGCUUCUUUGCUGUUUGUGUUGGUUCCCCAGUUGAUGUGGUUAAGUCGAGAAUGAUGGGUGACUCAGCCUACAAAAGCACUCUCGAUUGUUUUGUGAAGACGCUAAAGAAUGAUGGCCCUUUGGCAUUUUACAAAGGCUUCCUGCCAAACUUUGCAAGACUGGGAUCUUGGAAUGUGAUUAUGUUCUUGACAUUGGAGCAGGUUCAAAAGCUGUUUGUGAGGAAAGCGACAAGCUGAAGAUAGAGUUUUUGCAGUCAGGUGGCGUACAAUUGACGCACAGGGUUUUUCUUCUAUAGACAAAAGGGGAGAAAUGACACCUCCCCCCUCGAGAAUUGGGGAACAAGGACAGAUCUGACACCUCAAUUGCGAGAAAUAAAAAUAACAGCCGACAGUUGCAUGAUCCCUGAACGAAUAAAUUCAGAACUAGAAAACAGAUGUCAGUAAACAACAUGUGGUGAAUGUUGGAACUUGAACUGCUCUAGUUCAGUGGGCAUCUGUUGUUGCAUGCUUGGGAUGGAUUUAAUGUUUCGUUUUUUUUCUUCCUUGUACUGAAGUGCUCUGAUCGGUAACGAUCACUGUGUGUGAAGUGCUUGAUUGUUAUGUGGUAUC